AUGCUCCUCGUCUCGUGGCUCAACUCGUUGCGGCGAUGCUUCGGCACGCCGUUCCUCAUCCUCGUCUUCAGCAUCUACUGGGCACAGGGUUUCCGCGCGUUCCCUUGGACGGGCAUCAGCAUUCUGGUGAAGGACCAUCUGAAGCUGGGCCCAGCAGCAGCGCAGCUCAUGACCUCCACUGCCUACAUGCCGUGGAGCGUGAAGCCGCUGUAUGGGAUUCUAUCUGACUGUGUGCCUAUAAGGGGCGGAAGGCGCAUCCCCUACAUCAUCAUCGCCAACGCCCUCUCGCUGCUCUCCUGGCUCGCCCUCGCGUUUGUGCCGCGUCUCGCCGCCUCCCCCACGCCCUUCACGCUGCUGCUUGUGCUGCAGAACGUGGGGGCUGCCAUGGCUGACGUGGUGAUUGACGCCAUGGUGGCAGAAGCGGCAAAAGGAGACAAGGAGCGAUAUGCAGGCGACCUGCAGUCCCUCUCCUGGUUCUCCAUGGCAGCGGGAGGCGUGGUGGGGAGCCUCCUAGGCGGCCCGGCUUUAAAGACGCUGCAGCCGCAUGGCAUGUUUGCGCUCUUCGCGUUCUUCCCCCUAUCGCAGCUCGCCAUGUGUCUUAUGUCGUCUGAGAGGAAGCUUACAGGGGGGACGGGGAGCGAGGAGGAGGGCGAGGGGGACGAGGGGGACGAGGAGGAGGAAGAGGAGGAGGUGGAGGCAGAGGGACGGGAGGGAGAGAAGGGAGAGGGCGUGAGGAAGAGUGGAAAGGAGGCUGAAGCAAGUGAGGGAGAUAAGAAAGAGAGGGGCGGCGUGAGUGGUGGUACAGCAGCAACACCAUCCUGUCUUGAUUCUGACAAGAGUUCUGAUGAGACCUGUGAUUCUUCGGCUGAUUGCACAGUUACAGAUGGCGGUGUUACAAAUGACGCUAGCACUGGGAGUGGGGCGAAGGAGAAGGAUGGAGAGGAAGGGAGAGUUGGGGUCGAGGAGGGUGGAGGAAAGGAGGAGGGUGAGGGUGAGAAGAGUGUGGUAGGAGGGCAAAGCACUGGGCUGCGGCAACGGAGAGGCAGAGAGGGGGGCGGCGGGGGAGGAGGGAAGGGAGACGCAAAUGAGACGGGAAGGAUAGAAGGAGCGGAGGAGGCGAGGAGGAGGAAAAGUGAGGAGAGAAGCAGAUGUAGAAGGAAGGGAGCAGGGGGGUUGGGGAGGAAGGUGCUCGAUCUGGUGAUGGCCCUGUGGCAUGCUGUCAUGUCUCCUGACAUCUUCUGGCCCAUGGCAUGGUUCAUGGCGUCAUGUGCAGUCGUUCCCACCCUCUCCUCCUCUCUCUUCUACUUCCACACUAACCAUCUGCACCUCGACCCUUCUUUCCUGGGCUCCACCAAGGUCAUUGGCUGGGCGGGCCUCAUGCUUGGGACUCUGCUCUACAACACACGGCUCAAAUACGUCCCGAUUCGGCGAAUCUUCAUGUGGGUGCACAUUUCAAUGGCGCUGUGCACAAUCGCCGACACGCUCCUCACCUCGCGCCUCAACCUGAGGCUCGGCAUCCCAGACACAGUGUUCCUGCUGGGCUCCGCUGCCGUUUCCGAUGCAGUCAACCAGUUCAAGUUCAUGCCAUUCCUUGUCCUCUCCGCCCGUCUGUGCCCGCCGGGGAUAGAAGGAACCCUCUUCGCCCUCUUCAUGUCUGCCUACAACUUUGGCAACACACUCAGCGGCUACAUGGGCGCCACUCUCGCCACACGGCUCGGAAUCACCGCCACGUCAUUCGACAACCUGACACUUGGCGUCACGAUACAGGCCGCGUGCACGCUGCUUCCGAUCCUGUUCCUCCAAUGUGUGCCGGCUAAUAUGACAGGCGUAGGGGAUGAAGGGAAGCAAGCAGUACGUGUGGUGGAGGACCAGCAAGACAAGGAUGAGGAUAUCAAGAAGCCUAUGGUGGGCUCAAAAUGGCGGCCAAAACAAGCAUGA